UCGACGACACCUAAUUGAUCGGAUACUGGUGACAUCACUUACUCAAUCACUCAUACGGAGGUUUAUCAAUGCAGGGGCUUUGGCGCGAGUUAGCCGGUCGGGUUACCCAGGCUAUAAAGGAGACAGGUCAAUCUAAUAUUCUACCUACCGUAUUCCAUAAUAUCGCCCUCUUUCUCCGAUGUUGUCCUCCUCGUCCUCGUCCCUCCUCCUUCCUUCCAAUGACAUCUCUUCCAUCGAAGGCAAUGUCUCCCUCACGCAGAAGAAGCGUUGCGCCGAGAUUUUUGCCCACUUCAUAGGCCAGCCUGCCACGUCCUUCGGCGCAGCCAUAGGACGUGACCUCAGACUAGCAGUGGUCAAUGUAUACGGACUCACAGAUUCCACUGGGCGAAAAGAAGCUGAAACGGUGUGCGAAAUCGAGGUUACGAGAGACAUGUGUAACGUCUAUGGAACAAUGCACGGCGGAUGUGCCGCGUACUUGAUUGACCCAUGCUCUGUCUCUGCCCUCGUCGCCCUGGGGCUUGCCACUGGCACAGAUGGUACUGGUGUAUCACAAUCAAUGAAUCUGAUCUGGUAUCGUCCAGCAGUGCAAGGAACACGAUUGCGAAUCGUAUCGAAUACCAUAUCGAUGGACGGCCGCCUGCGUUCCUCCCGUACCGAAAUCCAAGACAGACUUAGUGGCGUCGUAUACGUUUCGGCGGUCCAUACCACCAUGGCGUUGAAUUCAAAGCCACCAACUGCUACUCAAGGGAAACUAUAAGCAAGAUCUUCCUAUUACUUACUCUGGACCGAGAAUACUCUAUUGCCAACGCCCAUCAGAUUUAUGUA